AUGUCAUGGACAUUGAUUUUGCUUCACUCUACUGUCCGAUUUUUCAGCAGGGCAUGGCCGCUGCUAGUGUACGCCGCCGUGUGGACGCUCCUCCUGCUCAUAACCGUCGGGGUGGCUUCGUCGUUGGCGCAGCUUGCGUACGUGUCCGCGUUGUCGCCUUCCUCGCCGCCGUGUAACGCCGGUUUUGUUAGGGUUCCGCUGGAUGUUCCGGCGGAGAAGUUUUGCCUGCCGGUUGGCUUGAUGAAGAGGUCGGAAUGGGAUCUCCUGGUGCCUGUUGUGUUUGCUGCUCUGCUUGUCUCCACCUCGGCUUACAUGAUUCGAAGCGUAGGCUUCUGGGAAUUUGAAAAUGAUUACUAUUGA